AAAAAACUUUGCGUGGCCUCUUUUGAUGAGACCGAGGUCGCUGCUCCAAGAAAGAAAGAAAAAGGCUCCCUUUCAUGUGGAAAGCAGCAAGAACAAGAUAGAUCAUCUCCAAAAUCCGAACCUGGUAGCCUCUUCUCUUUCUCUCUCUCUUUCUUCCCCUUUCCCUAUACUCUAAUAAAUUCAAGUUACAAAUGUAAACAAAGGCGGACCUUGGGCAGAUCAAACGCCAUUUAUGUGCCAGGAAAAAUUCCUUGUCGAUGCGCCAAAACUCCAAUCAUCAUGAUGGGAUACACCAAAAAGCUCCGCCGUCUUGCCCAUGACUCCUGA